CCUUGACCAGAGAUUCAACCAGGCAUGGUAAUUGAACUAACUGUAUUCUGCUGGUUUCUUUUGAAAGACUACAUUUAACAGAUGACUUCUCUAUAGUGCGAAAUGGAUUAUCAACGGCAUAUUACCUCACGUCCAUUGAGAAUUCUUUGCCUUUUUAAUCUGGUAUCCUCUGUAUUGUUGUCCAGCUGUCCUCGAAUCUGUGACCCAGGCUUCAUUAUUGACAAGUGUAAGUGUGUCCUUUGUCCCGAUGGCGACUACUGGUACAUGCAGAACGGACUUCCGAAGUGUGACCGAUGCAGCGAAGCCUGCUCGGUGGAUCAGCACUUGACACAGGUGAAGGAAUGCGGCCGGGACUCAAACCGCGAGUGCCACUGUGACAGUGGCUUUUUCUGUGACAACGCUGCCCAGUAUACCUGCAGGAGGUGUAAGCCGUGCUCGCCCGGAACCUUCUCUAACAAACCAAACCUAACCAUGUCCUGCAAACCCCACACAGAUUGUGGCCAUAAGGGAAUGACUAUGGUGACAGAGGGCACUGCCACUCAGGAUCGUGUAUGUGCCCAGACCUCCCCUAACUCUCCUACAACCACUGCGCCUCCAACUGUCCAAAGCUCAGAGAUAGGCUUUCAUUCUUCUACCUCCAGUGGAGUCAGCACCACCCGAAAACCCCUCAUCAUAGCAUCCCCAUCUGGCCUGGUGGGGUCUACAUCUCCUGAUGCCUUUCCCAUAGCCACAAUUGACACAUCUGCAGACCCUUCACCAGCCUUACUCACCAGGCCUUCUUUGUCCCAAGCCCAAAGCGAGCCCUCUACCUCCCUCCCAACUAGGAAAAAAGUCGCUGAACACAGCUUCUUUGACCCCAACACAAAGCUCACCACCAGGAGAAACCUCAGAAAGGUGGACAGUAACACCCCACCUGCAGAGUCUGCCUCUGCACCUCUUACCACAGAUGACAAUGACCCACCUCCUCUCUCAGCAACAGAUACUGGACCGAGCCCUUCCACUCUCCCUUGGCUGCUGCUGAUAGGUGGGCUACUAGGGGUUGUCGUGCUGCUGGUUGUUUACUUUGUCCGUUGUAAGGAGAGGUCACUGAAGUCCCUAGACAAGUGGAAAGGUGAGCGAGUAAAGUGGUUAGAUAAUACAAACAACGUUAUGCAGUGAUGCAUCAGAUUAUAUGCCAUGUUUCCCUUUCUAUAAAACACAGUAAAUAAAUACACUUACAAUAAUUAUAGGGAGACAGUGAAACAUUGUGGUGUAUACAUGCAUAUACAAUAUGCAUUUUGAUUUCUUGAUUCCUUUUAUAUUCCUUUAGGUCCAGUAUUUGGUAUAAAUGUGAGUACAGUACUAAUUCUCUAUUUGCAUAAUGUAUGUAUCGAACUUCUGCAGUGUUGCUAGAAGAAUAAACGGUGACUUCUCGAAAGUCAAAUGGGUCACUGUGUGAGAAUGUGUCUCUCCCUUUAGGAUGAGCAGAUUUGUAAGGAAGGUUUAAGAGGGAGCUAUAAUGUGUGGGAGAGCUAUCAUUGUCCUGCUGCCCUACAGAUGGCUUCCUAUAUACAGGCCCAGCCACCACAGGAGAGUUGCCCAUACCCGGAGGCCCAGCAUCUUCUGGGGAGUGAGACUGGGGGAAAUCCUAGACAGGAUGGUGCAGGGUUGCUACCUCCAGGGGUCAUGAAGCAGGUCACAGUGGACCACUCUGGUGGAGAGAACAUUAGCAACACAGUGGGGUCCAUUUACAUCUACUCUCCGGGGACGGUUGUCCUGGGAUACAACAAGUCGGAGAGGAAGGUGGAUCAAGUCGAGAAUGGGGUAGAGGGCUGUCCCCUCACCAGAACACCCCAGCAGGAGUCCUCCUGCCCCCUCCCUGAGGGCCCUGCUCUGGGGCCAGAGAGAAUGAGUACACAGGAGGAGACCUGCAAAGAGCUGAGAUACCCCAUCCCGGCCACCAGCAACUGAGAACUAGAAAAAAAAAUGAAAUUAAGGAUUAACUAUGGAAAAAGCCUGAGGAGGAGCAACUUCAUUCAAUAUCAACUAUCAUCUCUAGGGGAAGAAUGCAGGCAGAUUAUUAUUUGCUACUGUAAAGACUGUUAGACUGAAUGGCUUCCUUCUGUACAAGGAUUGCCAAAGCCACUGGGGUCCCUCAUGGGUCUUCUAUUAUGAAAGAGUGACAGUUUGUUCCAACUGUAUGUAAUAGUCUUAGCACGGUUUCAAAUUCACUGUAAGUCACUGUUGUGACAGCAGUGCUGGGACAGUUUGUGAGAGCAAUGCAUGGUCUGUUUGAUAUGGGGUGUCAACACUGUGAGUCGGAGUUUCCCAUCAUAGGGUACAUGUACACAAUGUCGCCAGAUAGUGUGAGAGUCUACGUGUAUCAACCACAGAAACAGUGAAGACAAGAAAUUCAUAUGAGGUGGGAAGUAACCUAUAUAACAAGUAGGGUUUGGCGUGUGAAGAGCUUACAAUUUCCAUUGUAAAGUAAUACAGGGACUGUCUGGACAAUUUAAAAUCAAACAUAGCCAUGUUCACUGGUUAUAACCUUUGUUCUGUGAAUUUUUGAUCAAGACAUUGCUAUGUACAGUAGCCUACAGAACGAAGACAGAAGAAAGAUGAUUUUAUAACAGACAAUAGCAAUCUGUUCCAGUCUAUUCCUUGACAUAAAUGUACACAAAUGAACAAACUAUUUCAAGUCAUCUCUUUAUGGUGAAACCACUUAUGUAGUUGACUAUGACUAUGGGCAGCCAAUCACUGUCUGUUAAUCAUGCAGAACAAUUGUAAUAUUUUGUCUGUUUGACAAACGCAUGUGACGUAGGCUAUGCCCAUAGCAUGAGCUGUUUGAUUACCCCAAUUUUUCUUUUAUCCUUCUGAAAUUGUAGAACUUUUUCAAGCAAGUAUUUACCGACAAAACACACCGUUUACGAUGAUUUCUGUGUUAGUAUGGAGGAAUGAAAAAUGGUCUCUCUUUUUGUAUAGUAGUGGUGCUGAAAAUGGUGACUCAACAUUUUGUGGUUAACAUACCAAAUUUGGCACAGAUGUAGAUGUACGGUGCCUUCGAAAAGUAUUCAGGCCCCUUGACUUUUUUUCCACUUUUUGUAAUGUUACAGCCUCACUCUAAAACAUGAUAUAUAUAUAUAUAAAAAAUCCUCAGCACUCUACACACAAUACCCCAUAAUGACAAAGCGAAAACAGGUUUUUAGAAAUUUCUGCAAAUGUUCUGCUGUUCUGCAAAUUAUUCUGCUGUCCGCAUAGGAGAACCCUUUUUGGUUCCAUGUAGAACCCUUUACCCCCGACAUAGGACCCAAAAGGGUUCUACCUGGAACCAAAAAGGGUUCUUCAAAGGGUUCUCCUAUGGGGACAGCCGAAUAACCUUUUUAGGUUCUAGAUGGCACCUUUUUUCCCCCGAAUAGGGUAGUGAUGGCACCAGUUUCCAUAUCGCCUAUAACUCAAUCGCCAAUUUCUCAGCCUCUGAGUAUCACAGAAACACAAGACUCUGAAUGAAUAACAGAAACAUGUUAAUGACAAGAUCCUAUGACUGAAAUGGAUCAAAACAUGGAAAAGCAUGCAAACAUUUAUAUUUUAAACAUAAGAUUUGACUAUAAAUGUGUUAACAUUCUUAAUAUUUGUAUUGUGUUGUGUUACAAAAGGUUAAUGAAAGAAAGUAUUACUGCUUGACACUGCCUCUGCAAUCAUUACCAGUUUGGGUACAGUACAUGGACUUCUUGAGGAAAUUGAAAUCGAAGGUUACUGCAGUGCAAAGACGCCCUCAGUUUCCUCAGCUAGUCAGCAGUUCAAGGAAACGCGCACUUUUGUUCCAGGUUGUAAUUCGAGUGUUCUUCUGUAGGCUAACAAUACGGUUUCAGUAUGGACUUUUUCGCAAGAUCUUAAAGGGUCAAUAAUAGUUCAAUCAAUCAUGAUACUGAGGACUGUAAGUGGCGUUCUUACAGUAAGGAUUUUUCUAGCCAUCAUGGUGCAGCCUGUUGAGAACAUGGUGUACACUCUGCCAUACACACCAGACUCAGACGGAUCCUGCCGCAACAAAACAGCUGAAUACUAUAACCCAGAUGUAAACCUGUGCUGCAGCAAGUGCACUUCUGGGACACGCCGGAAAGUUGUAUGCAGCUCUACCUCAGACACGGCGUGUGAACCAUGUCCUAGUGGCCAGUACAGCGGGACCUUUAAUUACUUCCCAAAAUGCUUCAGAUGUCCCAAGUGUUCAGCAGACAAAGGCCUGAAGUAUGUCCAGAAGUGCUCCAGCACCACCAAGACCCAGUGUGCGUGCCAGACUGGGAUGUACUGCGUACUGGACCAACACCCGGACUGUAAGGAGUGUGCCAGUUAUACAUACUGCAAGCCUGGUCAUGGGGUCUCUGUAGAAGGUACCACAGCUGGACAGGAGGCUGGGACAGCAGAGUCGGAUGUGGAAUGUGCAUCAUGCCCCAAUGGAACCUUCUCUGACCAGCACUCCUACACCCAGAUCUGUCAGCACCACACAGAUUGUGUGUCUCAGGGGAGGGACGUACUGACUUACGGUACAGCCACCACCGAUGCGGUGUGUGGACCGAAGGUAAAUGGGCGACUGGUCUCCAUCCUCCAAACCACCACACCUCCAAGCCCACUGACCACAAUGCCACCCUCUGGUAAAGUGCAUACCACAUCAAGUCUACAGAGCAUGGAAAUGUCUACAGUACCAACCACCCUGGGCUCAAAGCUGACAUCUAGUCCCUCUGAUCCACGGGUCAUCGCUCCAAUGGAAGACAAAUCACCAGGCGUCGACCUUUGGAUAGUUGCAGGUGCUAUCGGAGGUGUUAUGUUCCUGCUGCUGAUCAUAGGCACUAUCAUUUACAAGAAAGCCUUCACUAAGUUCAUACGUGUAUCUUCUACAGAAGAUAUAAAUGGAAAUUCUGAGAAGGAGGCCAUUAAAUGUCUGCUGGGGAAAGGAGACUGCAGUAAUGUCGGUCAGGCAGAGACCAAGCAGGAUGCUAUUAAGACCUGGUCAGGCUCUGGGUGCUCCAACAGCCUGGAGGGCCUGUCAAUAUGCCCCGUCCAGUCCACCCUUCCACAGCCCAGCAUCCUGGCCAGCACCCCCCAGCCCGGCCCCCAAUUCACCAGCCCUCUGGCAUCUGUCCCCCUAGUUAAUGUCAACAUCACUGUUACCUACCCUGUGAACAUAGGAAAUGAGUUAAGCUCCAGACCUACCAGCACCCAGAUAGACUCACCACAAGCCGACCCCGAGACCCCUUUAUCAAGGGAGGAGGAGGUGUAUGUGAACAUGCCGCAGCGAGAGAGUUGCAAAGAGGCACUUACGGCAGUACAGGAGUUUGGAAAUUAUGUAUGAGGACUGGAGGCAUAUGGGGGAGGAUCAGGCAAUAGAUUGUGUUUUAGUGAUGUGUUUUUCACUGUGACUGUUGUCUCUGUUAUAUGGUUUCUACUUGAAGUACUGGUGGUGACUGUGUUGGUAGAGAGGGACAGAAUGACUGUUCAUGUGCCUCAGGUAGGAUUUCCCAAACUUUGCACAAUUUGCAUAAGUUAUACCCAGGGAGGGUACCCGAGUUUGGGAAACCCUGGUAUAUACCCUGAUAUAAUGUGCUGUCUGUGCUGGAAAGUCUUGAACACCUGAUUUAGAUUGUCAUUAACUGCUUGAAGAAUUAUUGAUAAGUGAAUGAUGUAUGCAAUUACUGUGAAUGUUGUUGUAAGUAUACUGUAGAUGUGACACGGCUCAAGGUAUCCCGAAAUCUUUUAUCAUAAGUAGGCAAUAACCUUUCCUACACAUGCCAUACUUUUGGGGGAAUUCAUAAUGGCCUGUGCCAUAUGAGAAGAUUUCAUUUGUAUUCUUAUGAGGGAAGAGCGUGCCUAUACUUUCCAGAGUAAGGGUUCUUUGUCUCUUUUUUUAAUCAAACUGAAAUGGUAGACUAAAUGAAACUGCUUUGUUUGUUGUUGUUUUUUGACCUACACCUGUUGAACCGUGUGCAGAUCAUGAGUAAUACAUUCUCAACAUCAGCUCAAUAAGAAGUUAAGAAUGAUGGAUGAGACAUUUUUGUAUGAAGGGUAUUGUUUUUCUCUAAUACUAUCACCACCUACUGGUGGAACAAAUAUA